AUGUCAGCGCCCAUAUCGAAACCGAAGUUACCUGUGGCGGUCGAAAAGCCCACGCCGUACACAUUCGAUCUUGGCCUCCUCCUCGCCCAGGAUCCUAAUGCCAUUACACUGGAUGGCUCCGCUCUCGAACAGUCCCUCGCCGAAAUCACACGGGAUGGUGCCCAGUCUCUCAUUAACCAGCUUCUGACGACGUGCCCCCUCAAUUCCACAAAAGAGGGCGUUCUCCUUACACUGCCGCCACCGACAACCCGACUGCCCCGAGAAAAGCCUGUUCCUGAAGCCAAACCACCGACCAAGUGGGAGCGCUUCGCCGCCAAGAAGGGAAUCAAACCAAAGACAAGGGAGCAGCGCAGGAACCUCGCGUACGACGAGGAGAGCGGCGAGUGGAAGAGGAAAUGGGGAUACAAAGCCCUGAACAAGAAGGGCGAAGACGACUGGCUUGUUGAGGUGGACCCGCAGAAGGAAGCCGAGCGAAAGGAAGGCACAAGCAUCCGCGGCGACGGACGCAGGGAGAGGAAAGAGAGGUUGAAGCGCAACGAAAGGAAGAUGAGGAAGAACCAGCGGGAUGCUGCGGCGAAGUCUGCCACGAGAGGGUGA